ACCCUAACCACUACUUUGGCUCCUACCACCACCUACGAACCCUUCGUUCUUCUCACCGUCGUCUAACACUAGCUCUUUAUUCACGCUGCUCAUUAUCUUUGCUCGCUAUGCCGAUGUCAGAUCGUAGUCGCAACGGCUCCCCUCUCCGCCCUGCCUUUAUCGCGACCUCGUCGUACAAACCCGAUAGCAUGCAGGUCGCCGACGAGCUCCACCCCGUUAUUCACUCCGGCCGCGUCGCCGUCAUCACAGGCGCUGCGAGCGGAAUUGGCAGGGCUGCUGCGCUGGAAUUUGCCAAACUUGAGCUGAAGGUCGCUCUAGCUGAUAUAGACGAAGAGAAACUAAAAGCUGUGGGCAAAGACGUGGCUGCCGUGGUCGGCGAUGCCAACGUGCUCGUCGUGCCCACGGAUGUGGCCAAGCUUGAGGAGGUUGUGAGGCUCAGGGACAAGGUCUACGAGCUCUGGGGUGAGGUCGCUGUUCUCAUGAACAAUGCUGGCAUUGGGGCUAAAGGCACGUCGUGGGAUGGCAUUGAGAACUGGAAGAAAGUCUUUGACAUCAAUCUCUUUGGAAUCGUGAAUGUCCAGCAGACUUUCGUUCCCUCUAUGCUCCACCAAGAAAACCAAGCCAUGGUCAUCAACACUGGCUCAAAACAAGGCAUCACCAAUCCUCCGGGCAACGCAGCGUACAACGCCUCCAAAGCUGCUGUGAAGAGUUUGACAGAGGGUCUGGCAUAUGAAUUAAGGGAACGUCCUCACUCCAACGUGACCGCUCAUCUGUUCAUCCCCGGGUGGACCUUCACACCCCUAGCCGGUUCCCUCCACCUCCCGAGCAAACCAGAAGGAGCGUGGACUCCCGAAGAAACGGUGCUCUACAUGAUCGACAAGGCGCGGAACGGAGAUUUUUACAUUCUCUGUCCGGAUAAUGAGACGAAGAGGGCUGUAGACGAACUGAGGAUCAUGUGGGCCGCCGGGGACAUCGCUGAGGGCAGACCGGCGCUCAGCCGAUGGCACAGAGACUACAAGGCGUUGUUCGAGGAGUAUAUGCGAGACGGGUUGGCGAGCAGUGAUAGUGGAAGAGCCUGAAAAGUCAAAGUUGAUGCGGUAGAAUCGCUAUGUAGAAUUCGUCCAAGAGACUCUAGUACUUUUUUUUUUGUUCUGGUACCUUGUUUCCUGCUUU